ACGACAAUUUAUUCUAAUUGGAAAAAAUAGAGAUGUGAUCAGUAAGGGAAUUUCUUUCUUGUUCCAACAAUUAAUUUACCUCGAAUUUUUCUAACCUAAGAAUCCGAAAAAUUCCAAAACUCACCACUACUACACUCCUUAUUCUAAAAAAAAGCUUUGAAAUCCAAAUCACCCUUCUCUUCAUUUCUCUUAUUCCACUCUCUCACUCCACACUGCUUAAGUGCUUUUCAUAAUCAAUUAAUCAUUCAUCCAACUUUUGCAAUAUUCACUCACAAAUGCAGGAACCUUCCAGACCCGCCACCGGCUACCCAGCCCCACCCUUCAACCACCACAACAACGGCCAACCACCACCCGGAUACCCCUACCAUCGAGGAUACUACGACCCUCCCACACCACCCCGCCCCUACGCCUCCCGCUCCUUCUUCCGCGCUUUCUUCGCCACCAUGAUUUGCCUCGUCGUAAUCUUCGGCGUGAUUUUAGUCAUCACAUGGCUUGUCCUCCGUCCUUCUCUCCCUCACUUCACUUUAACAACUCUCUCACUCUCCAACUUCUCAGCUUCCAACCAAUCGUUAACCGGCACGUGGCACCUCUCUUUUAACGUCCGUAACGCUAACAAGAAAAUGUCCGUUACUUAUAACGUACUCCGUUCUUCCAUCUUCUACCACUCUAACUACAUCGCUGAAUCGCCACUCGCUCCGUUUAAGCAAGAUACAAAGUCGGAAACCACUCUCAACGCUACUUUCUCCGCUGCAAACGCUUACCUUGAAUCUCGCGCUGUUAACGAUCUCAACGCUGAUAAAUCUAGCGGUUCUGUUCCUUUUGAUGUUCAGAUUUUGGCUUCCGCUUCGUUUCGGUCUGGUUCGUGGAGGUUUAGGACAAGGAUUCUUAAGAUUCUCUGCCGGAAAGUCCUCGUCGCAAUUUCAUCGAAGAGUAGUUCAGGUAAUUUGUUCGAUGGAUCCAGAGAAUGUCAGGUGUGGACUUGACUUGUUUUCGGGUUAACCCUAAUUUGUUUAGGGUUUCCCUUUUUUUGAAACCCUAGGUUUUGAAAUUGGAUCUAGUGAAUAAAGUUUUCAGCAGUUUAUAACUAUGCGUUUUGAUUUAGGUACGAAAUUAAAUUGAAUAUUGUUGAUUAGCUUGUUAUGACUGUAUAUAACUCUCAGGUUUUUUUUUUUUUUUGCUUCUCGCUAUUCUACUUGAUUUGAGUGUGAUUGUAUUUUCUAUAGUGCAUAAGAGUAGAAGCUAAUGAAAAUAUUAGUUUAGAAGUUAAUUAACACGUUGUUUUUGGUUUAUU